CGCGUUGAGUAACUCAACUUCCAGGCAACAGGGAUCGACAGGAAUUACCGCGGAUUUCUGGUCACAUUUGGCGGGAAACUUGCAUACGUACAUGUGAUUAAGUUAUGUAUGUUAGGUAUCGUUAAGGCACAAAGUUUUAGUUGUAGUAAGUAGUUAAAGAGAGUAAGGGAUGUUCCAGUAGACUUUUUGCUAACGGUAACCGAAAAUUUAUUAGAGGAGACUAAGAAAUAACUAUGCUAUUAUGGAGAACAGCAAUAGAAAUAAAAUUGAAUUAUUCAGGUUAGUAGCUGUACUAGAAAAGAUUCUGGAUGCAACAACAAAAACCAUGAAAUUGCUACAUGAAAGCUGUGAUGAAGCUCAGAAUUUGUUAAAUAACUGGCACAUUCCUGAUACUUCUGUUCCUGGAGAACUGCCUCACUGUACAUGUAAUGAUGAUGAUGAAGAUGAUUAUUCUAAAAUCAUUGAAGUGGCGAAAGACAUUGAGCAAGUUGUAGAACAAGCACAGAAGCUGCGAGAAACACUGAGUGCUUCAAAACCUCAAGCAAAAGGUUUGCUUCUGACAAAAAAACCUAAUACAGGGAAAAUCUGCCAACUUGGGUUCACAUCUAAGAAACUUAAUGACAAAGUACAAAAGAAAACUCCAAGUGCAAAAUUCAGUUCUGUUAAACCACUGACUACUGGUAAUGGAUCCUUGAAGAGAAUGGUUAAUAAUUCUGUUGUAAGGAGAAGUUCUCCUGAUAAUCACUCCCCAAGGGCAACACAGACAAAUACAAGUUGGCAAUCUAUACCUAUUCCAAUUUUGAGUGGAAAUUGUGAUAAAAAAUCAGUCAUAAAACCAAGAUUGAAACCUAAUCUGUCAUUACAGACAACAUACCAAAAAGAUUUCUCCAUUCAUACAGACUCUAGUACCACCAGACACAAAAUUGUAAGAAGCUGCUUUUCAAAGCCCAAGGAAAGUUCAGUGAAAGAUGAAAAUACAGCUAUGUCAUGGUCGAAGAAUACAAAUGCAUUGUAUGUUAAGAAUAUGGAGAGAGAUACAAAGCUGUCAAAUAGCACAUCAUUUUCAGAGAAAAUGGGAAUCUCAGAUCUUGAAGAUUUACUCUCUCAAGUAAUUGUUUAUCCAAAUGUCAGUGUUAAGCCUGAUAUUAAAAAGAGUACAACACCUCCAGUGAAACUGAAUUAUUGUCUGUUGCACAGUGACAAGACAGCUCACAUUACUAAGAGUGAUUACAGAGCAGUUAAAUUGGCAGAAGCUGUGGAUGUUCUGGGAGUGCCUUCAGACUUGAUUAAAGCUCUGAAAACUUACCACAGUUUCUUUGAAAGAAGACAAAGAGGGAAGAAGUGUGGAAUUGAUGCUGGCAAGGGGAAAGUUGCUGCUAGAAGUUUCUUAAAUAAGUUAUCAACCAUGAAUGAUGCCAGUUGGAAAAAAUUUGCAUAUGAGCCUUUGGUUGAACUUUUUAUGGAGUAUGCAGCAUUACUGUCUGAAGUGUCCAGACUUAUGGAAUGUAAGUUUAAGGAAAAGAAUGAUGAGCUUCUGGCUGGCCUUCAGAAGAAAUAUGAACAUCUAGAAAAUAAAUAUUGUAAGUGCUCCAACAUUCAUGAAUCUGCGUUCAUGCAACCAAAUACUCAAAACCAUAAUGGCUCAAUAACUGAAGAAAAUUACAAACACUGUACUCCACAGGAUGGCUGUGCCAUGAUAGGAUUAUGGAACUUAAACAGCAGAGAGAGGUUUAAAGCCCUGGAAGAGAUGCAGUAUAUACAGUACAGCAGUGAAUUCCAAUGGAAGAAGUUAGAUGAAAACGUGCAGGAGAUACAAAUGUUGGAAUUCCAAACAGAAGUGUUUGAAGUGCUUGAGCUGCAUAUUUUCCCACAGUUAUUUACUUACAGUUCUCAAGAUCCCACAUUUCCAAAACUGUACAGGACUCUGUGCUCACUGUGCAACCUGGCAAGGCUAACCUCCCCCAUUAUUAUUAAAUCAUGUUAAAAUGCUGCUACACACUGUGACUUGUCAUACAUACAUCUGCAUUUCAGGAUAUUCAUAAGUGCAAUCUCCACUGAAUAUGAAACAUGUCAUAGUUAGACAAUUUAAAGUAAGUGUUCAGUAGGAAAAGUGGUUAUAUAAAUGAGGCCCAAUUACAUUGUAUAUGAACAACCAGGGCCUUCAAGAACAUCAGUAGAAGAAACAAAACAUUUAAUUCACAAUUACUCUUUCAGUUUAGUUUGAAAUAAUACUGGCAUUAAAGAAUCUCUUUGGGAAGCCCCCUUUUCUAUACUCUGGUCUCCUGUACUCUCCUUGUUCAUGUAAAACAAAUAUAAAUGUUAUCUUUCCAUUGCUCUUGUGAAUAAGCAGCUCUUUCAUCUCUCAUCUCAUCUCAUAGUGUGAUGUCAAGAGUCCUCGUUAGCUUAAGUGCUUUAAAGUUGAAGAUCACUAUUUGAAUUUUACUGCAGGCAUAUAUUACAGUGAUUAAUUUCUGAUAUUUAUAUCUGAUUUGUAAUUAUUUUUGGUGUGUAUAAAGACUGUUCAGAUCUACAAUUAAUAUAUUUACAUAUGUAUUAUAAUAAUUUUCAGCCAUGAUCAUGUAUGUAAUGCACAAUAGUGUGUGUUCUUCUGUAAACAAAAUUAUGCUUACUGAUGCCAAUACUAAAAACACAUUAUUAUUUUGAAAUUCAUACAUUGGAAUAUUCUAUUGCAGGGGGAUGUAUGUUUCAGUAUAGGCACAAUUGUAAAUAUAGUGAAAUAUUACUUGCCACUGAGAGCCUGAACCCCUCCCCAAAGUAAACCCUUGUCCCAUGUGGAUUUGUCAAUAUAUGUAAAAGCGAAUGCAAAGAGUGUAUUUGUCAGAUACUGAAUAUAUGAAUAUAUACGGUCUGCCAAACAUGUUAUAACACAAUUAACACAAACAAGUGCUCUAGGACUAUCUUCAGCACUCCUAUCUCUUCUCAGUUACACGCUGCUACUGCACACAUUGAGUGAUAUGUCUGAUUGCUUUUGUGCUUUUUUACCGUUGCUUUACCACUCAUGCACCACCUGCUAUACCUCUUUAUCAGAACAGAACUUCUUUCUGCCCAUCGCCUCUUUGAGUGGCCCAAACAUCUCAUAAUCACUUGGAGCUAGGUCUGGUGAGUAUGGCGGACAUGGAAGACACUCAAAGUGCAAGUCUUGAACUGAUGCACGGGCAGUAUGGGGCCGAGAAUUGUCAUGUUGCAAACGGACACCUCUAGUCAAAAGUUCACGUCACUUUGAUCUGACUGCUAAGGGCACAUACAGCUGUGCAGAGGCCAGGAAACGAUGUGCCCCACAUGACAGGAGACUGGGUGUGUUUCUGUACAUUUACAAUGUUACUUCAAUGCUGUAAUAUCUCACUAACUGUAAUGGUCCUGUUUGGGUGUUAGAGAAGUUUUAAAAAUUACUUUAUGCUGGCCUUGUACAUAUUGUACACAGAAAUAGGAAUUAAGACUAGAAUUAAAUUGUAAAUGUAUGUCAAUACUGACAAUGGACUGACAAAUGACAGAACU